AUGGGGCACCGCACAGAGGGAAUCGUUUGCAUUUACGAUCCUAGGGCCGAAACAGAGGUACACACUGAUGCAUAUACGCAGGGAGUAGGAGCUGUGUUGCUCCAAAAACAUACUGAUGGCAAAUGGCACCCUGUCAGUUACUACAGCCGAAAGACAACGCCUGAAGAAGCCCGAUACCAUUCCUAUGAAUUAGAAGCUCUUGCGAUCGUGAGCGCGUUGGAAAAAUUCCGCGUGUACCUGAUAGGCAUACGUUUUACUAUGAAAACAGAUUGUAACAGUCUAAAGCUACUGGCGGACAAACGAGAUCUUAACCCAAGAAUCGGUCGCGCAGACCAUAAUAGGGUAGCAGAUGCAUUGAGUAGGCAUCCCGUAGACGGUAACGGAGAAAUUGACGCUGUAGGAUUGCCAGUCUUAUGCAUAAAAAGUAAAGUUGAAUUUUUAGGUCACAUAGUGGAAAAUGGCAGUAUUCGAUCCGCGGAACAGAAAAUGCAUGCAGUUGCUAAUUUCCAAAACCGACAACAAUCAAACAGGCUAGAAGUGCGGACUGAGUUACAUACGGAUGCAUCUGUCCAUGGAUUCGGUGUAAUAUUAAUGCAAUUCUGUGAUGAUGACGGUGAAAUGUAUCCCGUUUAUUUUGCAAGCGGUAAAACGACACAAGCGGAGGAGAAGUACCCGAGUUACGAAUUAGAAGUACUUGCAACUGUUAAAGGUCAUAAAAAAUUUAGAACAUAUUUAUCAGGCAUUGAAUUUAAAAUAGUUACGGAUUGUAAGGCUUUUGCAUUGACUAUGAAAAAACGGGAUUUAUGUGUGCAUGUUGCGAGAUGGGCUCUAUUAUUGGAGGAAUUUAAUUAUAGUAUAGAAUAUAGAAUAUCGACCGGGCAGAGCAAUGAUCAUGUAGACGCGCUUAGCAGAAACCCACUAUCAGAGUGUUUGUUAAUUCGUGAGGACGACGGAAUGACGUUUAAAAUAAGACAAUUACAGCAGAAAGAUGAUGAGACAUGUCGAAUUUUUGAACGUGUGAAAGCAGAGCAAAUGGACGAAUGUAUGAAGGUUAAAACGGAGAAAGUUGUUAGGAAUUGUAUUGAUUGCAUAUUAGCGGAACGGAAGAUGAGUAAACAAGAUGGUUUUCUUACGCCAAUUUGCAAAGGCGAGGUUCCAUUAGAUACAUAUCAUAUUGAUCACCUCGGACCAUUAACAUCAACAAGGAAGGGUUAUCAACAUAUUUUAAUUGUCAUCGAUGCUUUUACUAAAUUUGUUUGGUUUUAUGCGACGAAAUCAGCAAAUACUCGUGAAGUGAUUCUGCAACUUGAAAAACAGGCAACAAUGUUCGGAAACCCACGUCGUAUUAUUUCAGAUAGGGGAGCCGCUUUUACAUCUAAUGAAUUUCAAGAGUAUUGUAGUAGGGAAAAGAUUCAACAUUCGCUUAUUACAACUGGACCUCCGAGGGAAAAUGGGCAAGUUGAGCGGGUAAAUCGUACAUUUAUUCCAUUGCUUACGAAAUUGUCAGCACCCGAACCGGGUAAGUGGUAUCGAAAUUUGGAAGCAGCUCAAAAAUUUUUCAAAGCAACGCCACAUCGUAGUAUUAAAACGUCACCAUUCCAGUUGUUUUUUGGAACGUGUAUGCGAGAUGAUCCACAAAUUAGGGAGAUGUUAGAAGAGGAAUGGGUCGCUAAUUUUGAAGAAAAUCGAAACGAACUGAGAGCGAAAGCGAAAGAACAACUUGCGAAAAUUCAGGAAGAGAAUAAGAGAAGUUUUAAUAAAAAACGAAAGGAAGCAACAAUGUACAGGGAAGAUGACUUAGUUUCUAUCAAAAGGACACAACAGGGUCUUGGGCUGAAAUUAGCAGGGAAUUUUCUUGGACCAUAUCGAGUUUCUAAAGUUCUUCGACACAAUCGAUACGUUGUGGAAAAAGUUGGAGAUCAUAUAGGACCAAACAAAACGUCUACGUCAGCAGAUCAGAUGAAAUUGUGGGCACAUGACGAGCACGAUGAUUUUGACGAAAGUAGUGACGCAGGUAUUGACGUGACAGACGACGAAUAA